UUUUUCCAAUUAAUUACAAGUAUAAAAAUCCUCGAUCAAUCUCUGUUUCUCUCUUAACCCUAGAUCAUCAACCAGCCCGACGGAGACGCCUCGAUCGACAAAUUCUUCCACCGACGGCCGCAGCUAAUCAACAACUCUCCCAAUCUCCGUAACACUCUGUUAGAAACAGCUCUCUUCCCAUGGCGGAGCACUUAGCUUCAAUCUACGGCACCGAGAAGGACAGAGUCAACUGCCCAUUCUACUUCAAGAUGGGCGCGUGCCGUCACGGCGACCGCUGCUCCCGCAUCCACAACCGUCCCACCAUCUCCCCAACCCUCCUCCUCUCCAACAUGUACCAAAGACCCGACGUGAUCACCCCCGGGAUCGACGCCCAGGGGCAGCCACUCGACCCGCGCAAGGUCCAAGAGCAUUUCGAGGACUUCUUCGAGGAUCUAUACGAGGAGCUCGGGAAGUUUGGGGAGAUCGAGAGCCUUAACAUCUGCGAUAAUAUUACUGACCACAUGAUUGGGAAUGUGUAUGUUCAGUUUAAGGAGGAGGAUCAGGCGGCCGCGGCUUUGAAGGCCUUGGAAGGGAGGAGUUACUUGGGCCGGCCCAUUAUCGCGGAGUUUUCGCCUGUGACGGAUUUUAGGGAGGCGACGUGUAGGCAGUAUGAGGAGGAUAACUGUGGGCGCGGUGGGUAUUGUAAUUUUAUGCAUGUGAAGCUUGUUUCGAGGGAGAUGAGGAGGAAGCUGUUUGGGAGGAGGAGGUCGUACAGAAGAGGGGGAAGCAGGAGUAGGAGUAGGAGUAGGAGUGUGAGCCCCAGGGGGAAGAGAGAGUAUGACCGGCGUGGUGAUCGUGAACCUCCUCGCAGGGGGGAGUUUGGUCACCGGGACAGAGAUGGGGAGUUUUAUAGGCAUGGAAGUGGGAGAAGAAGGAGUGAGAGAGGAGACAGGGACGGUUAUUCUAGGAGGAGACGUGAGGGAAGCCCUGGUGGUGGUGGGAGAGAAGGAAGCGAGGAGAGGAGGGCAAGGAUUGAGCAGUGGAACAGGGAACGGGAGGAGAAGGAAGAGGGAGGAGCUUAACUUUGUGGGUGGAUUCUGAUUCUCUUCGUUUACUGAGUCAUUUGGUUGUUCUAGUUUGGGAACUAUAAAAAAAAUGUUGCGGUUAGUUUCUGAUUAGAGAAAACGUUGUCCACUUGUUAUUGAUCCUCUUCACCAAUAUUCCUCAGAACUUUGUACUAUACAAGAGUUUAGUUUCCUUUUUACAUUCUCCUUUCUUCUUCA